AUGGAUAGGCAUCCUCUGCAUGUGAUCUUUGGUCAGAAGAAGGUUCUUCUUGGUAAAAUUGUGCCACAAGGCUAUGGCGCAAGACCCCCAGGGAAAUACGACAAAAUCGGGGGGAAUUUGAGCCAGCAGUCGUGUCCCUUCGAGCGUUGCUACAGCGACGGCAAAGCAGCAAAGAAAGCGGGUUUGGAGUCAAUGAAUCCUUCAGCUUUUCGAGUCCUGAAUAGGUUGGGCAGCGUACUUCCGCAUCUCGUCACCUACUUGGAGGAUCUGUCUGCAGCAACAGCCAGAGCCUCUGUGGUAUGGAUGAUCGGGCACUACCAGCAGGAGGUGGCCCGGCUGGCACCGGAUGUGCUAAGACGCUUGGCCAAAGGCUUUGCAGCGGAGAAGCAGGAGGUGAAGCAGCAGAUUGUCGUGCUCGGCUUGAAGGUUUGGGCCUUCCACUUUUUCAAUGCUCGGGGAGAGGUGGCAGUCAAGGAUGCAGUUCAAGCAACCAAAGAAGCAGGUUCCAAAGGUGCGGCUCCUUUGAAAGUGAGCCCUGACGAAUCUGCCCAGCUCCUUCCCAGAUUGGAGGCCAUCGUAGAGCACAUCAGCACCUUGGCAUCUUUCGAUGCAUCGUGGGAUGUCCGAGAUACAGCUCGUGCACUCAAGAGCAUCAAGGAAUCUGCUAAGGCUGCCGUGGACUCUGGUGGAAAGUCAGCUUUAGAACAGAUGGGCCUUUGGUACUGUCGUGCAUGCAUUAGCGGUGCACCGCCACUAGAUGCUGCUGGUGUCGACGCAUCAGAAAAAGCAGAUGAUCCCCUCCAGAAGGCGGCCAUUGACUCGACUUGGAUGAUUGGCUCCUUAGCCCAGGCUUUGGACUUCCCAUUGGAGUCAUAUCGGCCACUGCCGCCAUGGGCAGAGGAGAACAGCUCUGAUGAACUGAGAAAAGUGAAGGAGAUUUCGGCGGAGAAAGCCAGAGAGGCAGCGCCGAAGAGCAUCUCCUCCUCGACUGUGGGCAAUGUCUCGCACAUGGAGCAACGCGUCCAGCUGCCGUCCAAUAUCAACAACAUGCCAGUGGUGCAGAGUUUGGAGGACCUGGACCUCUUCUAUAGCGAGGCACCAGCGCCCGCCUUGUCCGUGCCGCCCGCGAGCCGCCAGGCACCUGGCGCGACUCUGGAGCAGAUGCGUUUGGCGGGCCCUUUACCAACUGCGCCUACCUUGGGCACUGCCGUCUUCGGAGAGGAUGAUGAAUCUGAUGAGGCCGAAGAUGAUGAUGACGACGAUGACUGGAAGUAUUGCCAACAAGCAGUGCCAAGCCAAGCCCCGCCGCCCUCAGAGCCAGCGGAGCCAGUUCCUCCACCGCGUGUGGAGCGGGUGCCCGACCCAGCGCCUCCAGCGCCUCCGGCGCCAGCGGAACCAACGGAACCAACCAACGAGUGA